ACUACAAAAUUUCUCAUUCGCAUCCUCCACAAGAAGAAAAUUCGAUCGGUCGAUUAGUCUUUGUUUGAUUUCGAAAUGGCUCGUACUAAGCAAACCGCGAGGAAAUCCACAGGAGGCAAAGCACCAAGAAAGCAACUCGCAACCAAGGCGGCAAGGAAAUCUGCUCCGGCCACCGGAGGAGUGAAGAAGCCGCAUAGAUUCCGUCCAGGAACUGUUGCCUUGAGAGAGAUCAGGAAGUAUCAGAAGAGCACUGAGCUUCUGAUCCGUAAGCUUCCUUUCCAGCGUCUGGUUCGUGAGAUAGCUCAGGAUUUCAAGACGGAUCUGAGGUUUCAGAGCAGUGCUGUUGCUGCUUUACAAGAGGCUGCUGAGGCUUACCUUGUUGGUUUGUUUGAAGACACUAAUCUUUGCGCCAUUCACGCUAAGAGGGUCACCAUCAUGCCUAAGGAUAUCCAGCUCGCGAGGAGAAUCAGAGGAGAAAGAGCUUGAAGACUGUUGUUAUGGUUUAUAUCUUUUGAUUUAGUUCGUCAAUGGAACUCUAUUUCUGGAUUUUGAUUUGCGUUUUAGUAGUAAUGGGUUCUUGUAAGUGUUGAGCUUUGGCUCGUUUUAAUUUUCAGUUGUUAGGUACUUUGGUUUAGUUAGCCUUGAAGUGUUCGAUGAAAUACCCCAACGAAACUCUCUCCUGUUUAAUAGAACUUAUUUUCCUU